AUGACAAGCACGGAUGAGGUGGAUGCGGAUGAUGAUUUUAGUGAAAUCUACAAGGCCUAUACUGGCCCUGUGAGUUCUAAUCCACCGAAAGAACAAGAUAAAACAAUAAAGAAAAGAUCCCAUGCUGGUUCUGAUGAAGAAGAAGAAGAAGCUCGUGACCCUAAUGCUGUCCCGACAGAUUUUACCAGCCGAGAAGCAAAGGUUUGGGAAGCUAAAUCCAAAGCUACUGAGAGGAACUGGAAAAAGAGGAAAGAGGAGGAAAUGAUCUGUAAAAUAUGUGGGGAAUCGGGUCACUUUACUCAGGGUUGCCCAUCUACUCUCGGAGCAAAUUGCAAGUCACAAGAUUUCUUUGAGAGGGUGCCUGCAAGAGACCCUCACGUGAGAGGUUUAUUCUCGAAAGAUGUAGUGAACAAAAUAGAGAAGGACGUUGGUUGUAAAAUUAAGAUGGACGAAAAAUUUAUCAUUGUCAGUGGCAAAGAUAGGCUGAUUUUGAGAAAAGGGGUUGAUGCUGUUCACAAAAUUAAAGAAGAGGGUGAGAAGAAAGGUUCUUCUAGCUCGCCAGUUACGCAUGCCAAGUCACUUGAACAUAGGAGUCCGCUUAACUCUAGAAUGGGACGAAAGUCCAAUUCCAGCCCUCACAGUUCUCCACAUGUCCCACAUAGGUACAGUAGACAAGAGAGAGUCGUGGAAGACCAUGUUCGUCAAGAUAUUAAAAAAUUGUCAAAUGGGUCUCCCCAUGCUUAUGGUAGUGAUGGAGUUAGAGGUCGAGCGAGCCGUUCAAAGUCUCCGGCACGUCCUUCGUACUUUGGGAACUCCUAUAAUAACUCGUUCGAAGGCCAUACUCACAACAGAGGUGGCAUCAGGACAGAUGGAUGGAAUUCUGACAUAGGCAAACCAAAUGUGCAGUCAGAUAAUUUCGACUACCCUUCCUUUCCCCUGUCACUGGAGGAUUUAGAGUUUCAGUAUAAAAGGGAGGCCAUGAAACUUGCAAGGAUUCGGGACAAAGAAGAAGAUGAAGAAAAUUGCAAGCAUCGUGAGGCCCUUAAGGAAAUAUGGGAAAGUCGAACAAAAAAGGCGGCUACACUGAGGGGUACACAAGCGAAUAUGUGGGCCGAAUUUCUUCAGGCGGAGGGCCAGAGGAGGAGGCAAGAAGCACGCCAGCAUAUUCCCGCAUCUCGUUUUGGUGGCUACAAGCAAUUGCAUUAUGCAGAAAUCGAUACUACUUCUGGAAAUCCUUAUCAUUCUGGAGAUGACGAGAUGAAUUCGAGAGACCUUAUCACAGAUACUGAAUUGGUUAUUGAAUUUGAAUUUUGGAUUCAAAUUGUUGCUUGGGUACAAGUGGUUAUUGCACGGAAGCACCGUGUUUCGAGGUUUCAAUAUGGUGGAGACGUGUAUGCAUUGCUUUCGGAAUUUGGAGGACUGGUUU